AUGUCGUAUAUGCAGCCUCACAUUGGUAUUUUUAGUGCAGCUCCGUUUUUUUACUCACAACAGCCCGGUCAACCAACCUUUAUUAGUUCUCUACCUGAAACCAGGUUAAAUGGGUCAUUUCAGAAUACGAAAAAAAAUAACUCUGUAACCCAAACAAUAGAGACUAAGCAAACUGUGGUUGAUAGGGAGAUCAUAGUUUUAUCUUCAGAUUCUGAAUCAGAUACUGAAACUAGAAGUCCUGUUGUGUCUAGAAAAGCGAAAGGUAAAGAAAAAGCAGAUGUUGAUGAUUUUAAUAAAAAUUUGGAGGAUUCCGCAUCUAUUAUAGUAGAUCAAACUCAAACUUCAAAUAUGGAUCUUAUGCCAAAUUCUACUUCAACAUUCACGCGUAAAAAUAGAGCUUAUACUAGCAAAAAUCUUCUUGAUGGUUAUGAUUUAAUGUCAAAUAUGGAAAACCCUCCAUUCUUCCAAAUGGUUAACCCGGUUAGGGUUUUUUUGUACAUAUUGGAAGAUCAUAAUACCAUUAUUGAGUUAUUUGACAUCAUAAUCGACUUUGCUCGAAUUUAUCUUGAGAUUUAUAGUGAAGAUAAUCGAAAUGUUUUAAACUUAUACGAUCCUCAAACUCUUAUUCCUGAUUUGAUCUAUUGCUUAAAGUCAAAAAUGAAAGUUAAUUUCUACGUGAAUACAUCGGAAAGAUUUAAGAAGGUCGAACUGCUUGCGCGAAAGGCUAUUGAAAUGAAAAGGGCAGCAUUUUAUAAGAAAGUUUAUGAAAGAAAAAGAAAAAAUGAUGAAGGAGAGAAUUCACAAGAGAAACGAAGAAAGCAGGAUCAUGAUAGUUCUGAAGAUGAAAACCGAUCACAGGAAGUAAGAAAAGAACGCGCAAUGGAAAUGGUAAAAAUAAAGUGGUUAGAGAUGGAACAACAAAGAAAGCUUCAAGGAAAUGUGAAUAGAGUUCCACCAUCCAAGAGACUUAAACAUCCAUCUAUGCCAUCAUCACGUUCGAAGUUCACUUCAUGUGAUAUCCUCUUUUCUCAGAAAAGAAAGAAAACUAAUGAUAAUUAUGAUGAUUUAGUGGAAUUAUUGUCUGAACCUUUACAUGAACUGAUUACAGCUCAUACUGUGUAUGGAUUAUUUGAGAAUUUUACUCCCUUUCAACUGAGUGAAACCGUUGACAAAUGUAAAGUCCGUAGUAUAUUCAAAUUUAAUAAUCCUGAAAGAAGAGAGUACUGUAAACUAUUGUAUCAUCAAUACAUCAAAACUAAUAUGGAAAGUACAACUAAAUCUCUCGGGAGUUGGAUCAAUUCUUUAAUAUUCGAAAGCAUUAAGUUUGGUCAUGUCAGUGAUAAAGCACAUCUCCACAACUUUAUGCAUAGGCAAACACCUUGA